AUGAGGAUUCUCGUACUGGAUGGAGUUCUCACGCAGGCCCAACAGGCCUCCAACAUGCGCAAGAUCUCCGAGCGCAACUGUUGCUGGGACGAAGCACAACAUUCUUUUUGCAAAUGUGAAGCGGUUUCAGGAAAUCGGAGCAAAGGGGACGCUAGUAGCACAAACAGCUCGAAGAAUAUCGACAAGGAACUUGCUUCGCAAGCGGUUCUUCACGGCUUUGGGUGGAAAAAUUUGGAAAUAUUAGGCCCAGAUGCUAGAGGCAUCAAGCUCUUAAAGCAACCCCACAAGACCUACAGACCUCAGAAAAUGUUGUAA